UAUAAUCAAUAUAACCUAGAAUAUUAUUAUUGUACAUUCUAAAAUAUCGUAAUAAAAUUUCAUACCUAUUUGGCUAUUAAAUAAAAUCUGAUAAUAGUAUAGUAAUAAAAGGCGUCUUUGAACAAGAAAGAAAAAUGAAAACUGCCUUUAUUUUUAUACCAGAUAUACUAUGCUUUAAUCAAAUAGGAAUGUUAGAAGGUUUUUCAGAAAGUUAUGAUGACAACGUUUCAUUUUAUAUAACAAAUUGUAAUUUGGUUAAUUACUCUGCUAAAAGUAUUGGCUACUGUAGUGAAGUGAUCCCAGAAAAAAAUAAUUUUGCAAAAACCGCUGAUGGCUCUGAAUGGAUUCAUGUAAAUUUAAAUGAUGGAACAAUAAAUAUUGUAAACCAAAAAGAAGAGUAUAUUAAGAUUUGUGUGAACUAUGGUUUUAAGAUCUUUGCCAAGUCUGAAAUAACUUCUUACAAAAACGAUGACUAUGGAAUACAUUUUGAUGUACUUAUGUCUGCUAUAAAGACUACAAAUUCUAACAAGUGCAAUAACCAUAAAAGGGUUAUAUUCAUUAUUUUUAUAAAUUUUUUAUUAUGCCUACUGAAUGUAUUCAGAAAGGUGUUUAUCAAUAUUUCUGGUUUUUGUAAAUAUUCUGAAACAGCAACUCAUUUUCAAAGUAUAAUUGAGAAUUUGCAAGUGACAUUUUUACAAAUAAAGCUUGAGAAAAAGUUGAGUUUGCAAACUGGUAAUAUUUUAGUGUCUCGAUUGCUUGACUUUCUUUUAGGAAUCUUAGUAUUAUAUACAGCAUUAACAUAUGAAGAUGAGAUAAUUUCUUUUGUUGAAGAAUCGGCAGAAAGAAUUGUACAAGGUGUAAAACAACUGCUUAUUUUUUUAAUGGGUUCUCCUAUUGGUUUAAAAUUGAACUAUGCAUUUAACAAGACGUUAGGAUCAUUCUUCUUGUAUAAUUUAUCACUGUGGAGAGCAUUUUUGUAUUCAAUGAGGCCAUACCUGCACUACAUUUUCCAUCUACUUAUUAUACCAGGCUCUUUAGGAAUUACUUUUCAAAUUGCCUUAGUUGAAGACUUUGUAAGGUUUUCUACAUUACAUGUGUACUGCAUUUAUGUAUAUGCUGCCAGGCUGUACAGAGUCCAGGUCGUUGGAUUAGGUUCUUUGUGGCCUCUUUUUAUUGGUCGUAAAUAUAAUCCUUUGCGAAAUCGUAUAGAUUCUCAUCAGUAUAGUCAUCACCAGCUCUUUAUUGGUACUCUAGGAUUUACAAUAUUGUUAUUCUUGUGGCCAACCACUUUUUUGUAUUAUUCCAUUUUUACUACAUUACGAGUUGGACUAAUAUUGUUGGGUAGGAUCCUUAUUUAUGCACGACAACUGUUGCAGUAUUUACCUGUUUAUGUAUUUCUGUUGUGGAUUUUCAAUUCUUCCUUACUAGCAGGAACUGUCAAAAUGAAGAUUGUACAUCAAAAAGACGAUUUGCCCCUCACACUUCACGCUACUCUUCUUAAAUUGUCAUUGAAAGAAAGCAUUUCGUUAAUUUUACCCAGCACUUCAACUAGGCUGCCUCCUGUGAAAUGGAGUACAUUAAUAAAAAACCUCUUCCACGCUGUUUUACUUUAAUGAACCGUUCAUUGGCAUUUUGUACUUAUAAGACUGAAUUGACCUUGUGCAUUAUUAAAAUAUGCUGUACACUUUUAAGUAUUUAUUUUAUUAAGAACACUAAA